AUGGUGCUUGUAAAUGAUAGGAGGUCAAACCACAGGGUCCACAGGGGGAUUCAUCUCACGCACAGUGUCCUAGGUGUCAUAGGUGGCAUGAGGGUGAGUGCUGGCCAUUCACGGGUAAUUGUCACCAUUGCGGCGAACAGGAGGAACACAGCUCAGACGAGAGUUUACUCGCUUACCCUUGCCGAUGCAGAGAAUGCGGGCGACAUGGUGACAGGAUCAACCCACUCCUUUAUAUUUGCAAACUUUGUUAAAUUGUAUGGGGUUAAAACCCGAGUGAUGGAUGCGGAAUUGUCCGUGGUGACACCAUCAGGGAGUAUGGUGAUAUGUAGGAAGAAGUUGGGGGAUUAUCCUAUAGAAAUUCAGGGGAGGACGCUACCAGUGAAUCUAGUAGUAUUUGACAUGUACCGAUUUGAUGUUAUUCUGGGGAUGGACUGGUUAUCCUCCAGUUUUGCUGUCAUUGACUGUAACAGUAAAGAGGUAGUGUUCAGACCUCUGGAUGGAUAA